AAAUGUCGUCACCGUUUCCGGAUCCCAGAGGCCGCUGGCAUUGAUAUUCUCAGGCGUCCGGUCUAUGGAGUCUAUUGGUGCCCCUGGCGGCGCCGAAGCUGGAGGUGGUGAUCGAGUAGGGACCUUGCCCGGACACGAUGUUAUCGGGCUUGGCCGCCGCCGCUGCGGCCCACAGAUGUAGCUGGUCCUCCCUGUACCGGCUCCGUCUGCGCUGCAGGGCGGCGGCCCGCGGCUCCAGCGAGCGCCAGGAAUGGCAGAAUUUAGUGACAUUUGGGAGCUUUUCAAAUAUGGUCCCCUACAGUCACCCACACAUCUGUCCAUCAAAUCCCGUCAAGUUGUACUCCACAGAUGUUCACAAAGACAAACAAGGAUCACAAACUCUCAGAGUGGAAAAAGUAUCAUUACUUGAUAAAGCAGGAGAAAAUAUAGGUGAAGAACUUAAAGCUCCACUUCUGAACCAAGAUCCACUCCAAGUAAGAGUUAAGGCAGUCCUUAAGAAGAGGGACUAUGGGGCAAAGUACACUCAGAAUAAUUUCAUCACUGGAGUCAGAGCAAUAAAUGAGUUCUGUCUUAAAUCCAGUGAUCUAGAACAACUUCGAAAAAUCAGACGGCGAAGUCCCCAUGAAGAUACUGAAUCCUUUACUGUAUAUUUGAGAUCAGAUGUGGAGACAAAAUCUUUGGAAGUUUGGGGAAGUCCUGAAGCUCUUGCCAGAGAGAGAAAACUACGUAAAGAAGCAGAAAUAGAAUAUAGAGAAAGAUUAUUUAAAAACCAAAAAGUACUAAGAGAAUACAGGGAGUUUUUGGGCAACACAAAGCCACGCUCCAGAAUGCCAUCCGUUUUUCUUAAAGGGCCUGGAAAAGUGGUAAUGGUUGCCAUUUGCAUCAAUGGAUUAAACUGCUUCUUUAAAUUUCUUGCCUGGAUUUAUACGGGUUCAGCAAGUAUGUUCUCUGAAGCUAUACAUUCUUUGUCUGAUACUUGUAAUCAGGGUCUACUUGCAGUGGGUAUCAGUAAAUCUAUUCAAACACCAGAUCCUUCUCAUCCGUAUGGAUUUUCAAAUAUGCGUUAUAUUGCUUCACUAAUUAGUGGUGUUGGUAUUUUCAUGAUGGGUGCAGGAUUAUCUUGGUACCAUGGAAUCAUGGGAUUACUUAAUCCUCAACCAAUAGAAUCCUUUUUAUGGGCAUAUUGUAUUUUAGCAGGAUCAUUAGUAUCUGAAGGAGCAACACUUCUUGUUGCUUUAAAUGAACUUCGUAGGAGUGCUCAGGCCAAAGGAAUGUCCUUAUAUAAAUAUGUAAUGGAAAGUCGUGAUCCUAGUACAAAUGUUAUCUUAUUGGAGGAUACUGCAGCGGUCUUGGGAGUGAUAAUAGCAGCAUCUUGUAUGGGCCUUACAUCUCUAACAGGCAACCCACUGUAUGACAGCCUAGGUUCUUUGGGUGUGGGCACCUUACUAGGUGUUGUCUCAGCAUUCCUCAUCUACACUAACACAGAAGCACUUUUGGGAAGGUCCAUCCAGCCAGAACAAGUUCAAAGGCUUACAGAACUCCUGGAAAAUGACCCAUCAGUCAGGGCAAUUCAUGAUGUUAAAGCUACAGAUAUGGGAUUAGGUAAAGUAAGAUUUAAGGCUGAAGUAGAUUUUGAUGGACGAGUUGUUACAAGAUCAUAUUUAGAAAAACAAGAUUUUGACCAAAUGUUACAGGAAAUACAAGAAGUGAAAACUUCUGAAGAACUAGAGACUUUUAUGCUUAAACAUGGAGAAAAUAUUAUUGAUACUUUAGGAGCUGAAGUAGAUAGACUUGAGAAGGAACUGAAAAAAAGAAAUCCUGAAGUUCGACAUGUAGAUUUGGAGAUAUUAUAGAUUUGAUGAGAUGAACCACCCUGGAUGGAGCUUUGGAAACAAUUUUGUUACACCUGUUCCCAGAUGCAGAGGUCAACGCCAUUCAGAAGCACCCCCUUGUUUUUUGUUUUUCUUCUUUUUAAAUUUUUGCUGUUGUUGUUUUCAAGAUGAAGGAAAUACUUUGUAUAAAUGGCAGUUAAACAGUCCACAGAACUAAAGCAAUUUCUUAUUUCUAAGAGACAUACUACAAGUUGAAUUAACUUGGAAAUCAUGUUUUUGUGUUUCAGUCGGAAACAGUAACUUAAGUUAUUCAUUCUUGUGUAGCAUGCCAAGAUUACCAUCAUGUCACCUUUCCUCAUAUUAUACAAAUAAGCAGAAUCCAUAGGAUUUAAAUAUUUUUUUUGCUACUAAAGAUUUCACUCCACCAAAUCCUGCCAAUAUUGAACAUUCUGGCUAACUCUUGGUUUACAGGUUUUAAAAUAAUCACUUUGUUUCAAAGUCUCUCUCUGUCUAUGGUAUGUAGAAAUUACUUGUACAGAAAUUGUAAUUUUGCCCUGAGAAUGUAGGCAUACUCUUCCACCUGGUAAACCAUAACUGUUCAUUCCAGAAAAAUCUUACUAGAUUGUAGGAAGACAGUAAAGCACUUCCUUCUAGGGCAUUGAGGAUACCAUUUUAUCAUGUUUCUUAGCUCUCUUUGAUUUUUUUUUCUUUAUUUGGUUUAAUUUUUCUGAUGGUAAAAGGUAUAAAAUAACCCUAGAUAUUUUCCACGGGCCAGUAUGAUGGCUGGAAUUUAGUUUGUUUUUAACUGGCUUUAGUGCCAUAAUAUGUAUUUACUAGGGUAUAAAUAGGCAUCCUCUAAGAUGGACUAGAAGUAUUUAUAAAUUUACUGACAAGACAGCAUUAUAUUUUUAAUUUAUUUUUAAAAGAGUCGCUGCUUAUGUAAAUCUGAACUGUGGGCUAUUUCUUGCUUUACAAGGAAGAGAAGUAAAUUUCUUUAUUUGGAAAUUUGUGGCCAUGAUUUUGUGUUAUGUCAUAGUGGUGUGCUUGUAACAUGAGUUUCUUGUAGUUACAAAUGGGCAGUUAGCAGAAUACAUGACUUGUGGAAGUAGUACUCAAAUUAUCAGACUACUUUUGCCAGGUUGAAAAAAGACAGAAUUCAGUAAUUGAAGAUUUAGUGAAAAACUACAGCUGUGUUUCUACCCAUCUAAGCAACUUACAUGCACUUUAAAUUGCUGAGGUGACAGUGAACAUUGUUCAUACAAGAGUGAUGGCUGGAUGGUCCCUUUGUUGGAUAAGUGAGUGCUUGGUAUGAAGACUUGGCUAUUUGUGUGAGGUCAUUGUCUAAAGAGUUACACUAAAGUUCAUGAAUAUAGGAAAUUAUAAUGCUGGAUAUAAAAAAAAAUAAACAUUUGGUUAAGGAGUUUAAAACAGUGAUUUUUGAUCCAAAAAGUCAUUUGCUAGGAAAUUUACAUUAAAGUCCUUUUUUUUUUUAAACUUUUACAGAGCAUUUUACAUGCUCUACAUUUUAGUUAAAAUGACAUUGCAAUUUUUCUCUUAAUAUUCUCUUUAAUAUUUAAAAUAAUAUUCCAGUUUUUCUUCUGGUUUAAAACUCCUUACCUUGACAUUAAGAUUUCUUUUUUUUUUUUUACUCAUUAUAAAUUAUACUUUUCUUUUUCUUCCAUCCUUUUCCACCUACCAUAUCUUAUUCCCUGUCACUGUCAUGUGGGAAGAUACCAAAUUAUAUAUCUAUUAGUAAACUUACUCUAGAAAUUUGCAUACCUAAACAAGAAUAAACUCUUUAAAAAGAAAAUCUCAGAAUUGAUAUGCAAAUGUUAUUCUUAGUGUUAGAUUUUCCCAAAAAGAAGCCUAAUGCUUCUUAAAAGUUUUUGAGUUUGAGUGAAAGCAUACCUGUUCCUAAGGAAAAUUGAAGGCUUAUUGUUCUUUUUUUUCCCUUUUUUUCUUUUUGAUGGAGACAGAAAAGGCAGAAAGGCAGUGAGAGUGAAGGAGACUGCAGCACUGAAAGCUCAGUGCCCUUAGGGUCAGCCUCAAACCUGGGUCAUGCACAUAGCAAAGCAGCAAACUGUCAGGUGAGCUAUUUCACCAGCCCAGUUCUGUCAUUCCUUUACGAAUUCUAGUUAGCCCUGAUAUUUUAAAUUUUGCUUAAGCAAAACUUUAUUUUUUAUAUAAUUUGAUUUAAAGAAAUACAGCAUAUCUAGGAAUUUGAAUAUUUCUGUGGAGUCAGAAAACAUAGGACAUCACUAGUUCUUGUUUUUAUGUUUUAAAUGAGAGUUGAAUUUGAAUUUUAAAGUUAGGUUGUGGUUUUUAUUUUUAUUUUUUAAAGAUCUAGUUGUUCAGGAUUUAUGUCCUCUCCCUCAAAUUAAUCUUCCUUACUUUGCCUUCCUUGAUGUGUAUAGUAUUUGGGCAUUUAAGUGUGUAAAUCUUACUAUUUUUAAGGAAAAUGGCCCUUGGAGUAGAGUUAUUGCAAGAGCAAUAUUAAUUAAGAAACUAAUAGGAGAGAGCAGUUGAAGGCUAAGUGACUUUGUAAUGAUGCAUAGUAAGUAAAGAAUACUUGUUUUCAGAUUUGGCUGACAAUGGAGUCUAAUCAAUUGUAAAGUAGCAGACCUGGAAAUGUGUAUGGUGGAAAUUUUUUUUUUUCAGACCAUGACAGUGGGAAAGUGAGGUUUGGAGUCCUUGAUCCAUGCUGGUGGUCAAUUGUAUCUAACCCCAAAGGUGAGAUUCUUGAACACACAUGAAAUCAUGUAGUAUGUGAUCAGAGACAGACAAAAUUAUUAUCUUUCUGCAUUCUUACAUAAACACACUCUUAAUCCUAACCCCUUAUAAUAUAGAGUAACAGUGGCACACGGUUUGAAUUGGGGGUAUAUGAUGGUUAGCCUUAGUUAUUCCCAAAUUUGGUUUUUCUGAAGUGGUACCAUCUAAGGAAAAUAACAAGUUUGAAAUCUGGUAAAUUGAUGUUGACUGCAAGUAACUACCAAAAAAAAAAAAAAAAUUACAUAGACAUUUGGAAUUUAUACUACCUUUCUCCGAUUACAUUUGUCAAAGCUUUGGCAUUUCCUUUAAAUGAGAUGAUACACAAUUUGCGAAACUGCCACAAAUUGUCUCCUCUAUGUCUCUCAUUCGUGUCUUUGAAAUUGAACUUUGGAAGACAUUGAUAUAGAAACAAGUCUGGCAACUUUUAUAUUUGCAUUUAAGUUUACUAGCUUUUGUAAACUUGUUUUUGUGGAAAAGGAACGUUUUUGUUUCUGUUAGAUUGUAUUUCAUCUGCCUUACUUUGUUGGCAGAGAAAAAUGGCUCUUAUCCCACAGGAUGCUUCUUCUUUAAUUAAUGUUAUGUGUAAAUAACAGUAGUUCACAUACUAGUUUGGGUUCUUUUUUUUCCUGAUAAAUAAAUGUUUGUAAAGCAUAAA